AUGACACAAUAUCGUUCUGUAAGAGCAGGUGAUAAAAUAAUACCAGUACAUGAAAUAUCACCAUUUAAAAAUGGUAAAUCUAGCAAUAUCAACGUACGACUUUCUCAAAUACGAAGUGUUAAACGUGAACAUCGUUCAGAUACUUUCGUACCACCUAUUAUCGGCAAUUUCUGUACGUAUAUAUAUUUAAUCUAUAUUAAUAAUACGACUUGUCUUUAAAAAUGCUUAAUAUUGGAUAUAUAUAUAUUAAAUAUAUUUAAAAUUGUUUGAAUACUUAAUAUUCAGACAAGAAUAUCAAGAUUCGAAAAAUUUUCCAAAGAUCUAAACUGAACAAAAAAGAACAUAGAAAUAUAGUCUUGUUUAAAACAUUUUAUUAGUUAACUAUAGAUGAUAUAUAUGAAGUAUACUCAAUAUAUUACAAAAGUCUCGAACAAUGUGAAUGUCUAUAUAAGUAGAAAUUUUAUCAUUAUAAUCCUUUGAUCUCAAAUUUAUGUUAAGGACUAGCUUGUUUAAUCACUUCUAUUGAAACGAGUUUUUAUUUUCUUAUCACCAUACUUGAAUGUUUCUUGGAGGGCAUCAUAGACUAUAAUAUCACUUAUAGAUUAUGAAACUGGAUUUAUGAAAAGGUUGAAAGAAAAUAUAUUUGACAUAGACAACAACGAAUUUCUAUAGAAAAGUAACAUCUCUAAUGUCCACCAAGCCCAAAAGUGCUAGUUCCGAUAUUUAUGUUUAAUGAAAGUUAUUCAAUGUUAUCGUCUUCUUCUAUAUUGAUAUUAACAUCGUCAUCUUUUUUUGUCGACAUUCUCAUAAUUCUUUGCAUUGUCAUCGUUAAUAAACUAUUCCAACAUCUAUGAGAAUGUCUACUUCUUUUUCUGAUCAACUCACUUGAUAGUCAUUAUGCUUAACAACUAUCACUAGUGAACAUUCAGUUUGUAAAUCAAUCUUCAUUUCUUUUGUAAACGCACGAAUAAGACCAAUUGAUUAAAUUGCUAUUGGCAAACAACAAUUAUUAUGUAUAAGUAAAUAUUCAAAUAUGAAAAAUAUAAGAAAUAAGUAACAAUCAUACAAAAAAAAAUCAAGAUAGCACAAGUGUUACGAAUGUAUAAAAUGAGUUAUCACUUGUAUUUGUUAGUACUCAUGUCGCAUGUUUAUUUGCACUAUCCACAGUAGCGCUUACCACUUUCGGUUUCAUCUAUGAAUGAUUGCAGAAUGUUUUCUACCUAAAUUCGAAUUAUUUUUUUUCAAUCUUUAUCUACAUAAUUCAAAUUUAUUAUUGUUUUUUUCAUUUC